AUGGCUCAGGAGACUACUAGAGCUACGUUUUCACGGGUGGGAAGAGAGACGCAAUGUAUUGAGGAUGAGGCAGAGGAGGGAGAAGGUUGGUGGGAUGGGGGUCCUGAGCACAAACGGGUGGGGAUCAGGAAGAGGGUAUGGAAGCUGCAGCAGGAGGAGUUGGAGGCUAAUGAGGAUGACGACGUCGUGUUUGCGAAAUGA